AUGUCGAACCAGAUCCGCACUAUCAACCCUGCUACACAUGAGGUGAUCUUCGAUCAGCCUGGCACCUCGCUCGAGGAUGCUGGCAAGAUCGCCAAGGCGUCCAAGGUGGCCUUCGAGUCUUAUCGCAAGCUGAGCUUGGAGGAGCGGAAGGACAUUGUCAAGCGCGCUCUUGCCAUUCUUGCUACCAAGUACGAUGAGCUGGCUAAGGAGCUCACUACCCAGAUGGGUCGACCGAUCAGAUACUGUGUCGGAGAGAUCAAGACUGCGGCGCUUCGCUCAGAGCACUUGCUCCAGAUCGCCGGAGAGGCACUGGCUGAUCUUCCUGGCCAGCCUCAAGCCGGUUUCAAGCGCAUGGUCAAGCACGCUCCUCUCGGUCCUAUUCUGAUCGCCGGCGCUUGGAACUACCCCUACCUGACCACCGUCAACGCUCUGAUCCCUGCCCUGGUGGCAGGAAACAGCGUCCUCCUUCGCCCCUCCCCUCAGACCCCUCUCUUCGGAAACAGACUCCUCGAGAUCUUCACCGAAGCAGGACUCCCUUCCAACGUCCUCCAGAUCGUUCACAUUGGUAGCCUGGAUGUGCUUGACCAAGUCGCCCAGCUUCCCGAAAUCCAGUCUAUUUCAUUCACAGGUUCUACCGCGGGCGGUAUCCGCCUCCGCGAAGCAACUGCUAAGCAGGUCAAGCCCGUGCACCUCGAGCUAGGCGGAAACGACCCUGCCUACGUCCGUGCCGAUGCGGACGCGAAAAGUGUCGCUGAGAACCUGGUCGACGGUGCAGUUUUCAACUCUGGUCAGAGCUGCUGUUCUAUUGAGCGUGUUUACGUGCACGAGAAGAUUUAUGAUGAAUUCGUGCGCUGUGUGCAGGAGGAGCUGGCCACCACCACAACCACCGGCCCCGUGGUCUCCGCACCGGCCAAGGUCAAGAUUCAAUCUCACAUCGACGACGCCCUCAGCAAGGGCGCAGUGGACUCAACCCCGGAGAACGCCACUUUUGCCCUGGCCAAAACAUCCCAGACGGGCAACUUUAUGGCUCCUGUCGUCCUGACGAACGUCAACCACACCAUGAUCACCAUGAAAGAAGAGACCUUUGGCCCUGUCAUGCCCAUUAUGAAGGUUUCCAGCGACGAGGAAGCCGUUGCCUUGAUGAAUGACAGUGACUAUGGUCUGACUGCGAGUGUCUGGACUAAGGAUAUUGCUCGUGGAGAGGAGUUGAUUGAUGACAUUGAGGCUGGCACUGUGUUCAUCAACCGUUGCGAUUAUCCCGCUCCGGUAAGUUCUCUCCUAGCGCCCUCGGAGCUUGAUUCAGGCUAA